CGACCUCAUUCAACUUCAGGAGCACUUCCUGCUCCCUCUUUGCCGCUUUAGCCUGUCUCUCUGCUGAAACGUCUGGUAACAUAUUCAAUCAAAUUUAGUCAUCCAAACUAUAUCAUACGAAGUGAAUGUCGACUGUACUGGAAAUGUCGAAUGCAAACGUACCACUGGCCGCGAGCCUAGAUAUCGAAGAUGACAUGGACGACUUUGAUGAUGUUCUCGACCAAUUCAAACCUGCCACGAAACCCGAGUUACCAGAGUCAAACACCUUGACUGAAUCCCCAUCCGCCGUUCCCUCGCCUCCCUCAGCGCACCCCAGUCCUGGUCAUAAUGAAAGCUCAGGCUCAGAAGAUGAAAGUUGGCAGAAUUCCCUACCGGAUGACUUUGCUCGAGAUUUAGCAGAGGGUAUGGAGGCACUUUUAUCUAGUAUGAAGGAAGAAGAUGGAGGCGAAUUCAAAAAACAUCUUGAGGCAAUGAUGGCCACAGACGGCGAUCCGACUAGCGUGAACAUCUUCCAGGCCCUCGGUGCUAUGGCCGAAGCUGAUACGACCUCACCGAAAGCCCCUCCUACUCCUCAAGCCGGAAGUUCAAGUGCCGGAACCGCAUCUGGCGCACCUCAAAACUUUCAGGACGCAAUCAAAAACACGAUGGACAAGUUGAAAGAGUCAGAUGUCUCCGCCAAGGAAAAUGUAGCGCCUUCUUCGUCCGAUGAUCAGCUGGCUGCCCUCUUUGAGCAAAUGAUGUCGGCUCAAGGUGGCUUGCCAGACGAAAGUCAAUUGCAAACUAUGCUCCAAGGAUUCAUGGAAGAACUCAUGUCCAAGCAAAUCAUGUACGAGCCUUUGAAAGAAAUGAAUCGACAGUAUCCUGGAUGGCUUAAUGAGCGUAAGGCCACGUUACCCAAGGAGGACGUCGAUCGAUAUCAAACCCAAUCUGAGAUAGUGGCUGCGGUGGUAAACAAGUUCGAAGACCCGGCGUGGGACGAAGAUGAGAAAGCUGGAGGUGACAAAUUCGCGGCACGUCAGAAAGAGGUUGUUAAUCUAUUGACAAAGAUGCAAGAUUGUGGAUCGCCACCACAGGAGCUCCUUGGAGAAAUGCCCCCAGGUUUGCUGGGUGAGGAUGGGAUGCCAAACCCAGAACAGUGCACAAUUUCCUAAACCUGUUUGACCACUUCACAGUUCCGAGACCAUUGUUGUACCUAAGUCUCUUACACAUUUAGUCAUCCUUCGCAUUCAGCCGUUGAAGUCCUUUACCCUGCCAACAUCGUAUUCUCUUGGGAAUCAAGUUGCCUCGCACUCAUGUGCUCGCCCGACUCACUGAUCACAGGUUGAUAUGUAUUCCAAAUGGUGUUGUGAUUUUCUUUUCCCCCUCACUUUGCAGUAAUCAUGAUCAUAAAUCAUAUAAGCACCAAUCAAACACAAGUAGGUUGCAUUUAUUGUUGUAGUAUUAAAAAUAAUGAUUAAUCAAUGCGGAAGAGAAAUGUAGGAGCUACCAGCCCGUUUGUUUACCG